UUUUUUUUUUUUUUAGCUUUCAGGCUUUUGAAUAUAAGGAUGCAAGUGUGCACUGUAAUUCUGAAUUGUAAUUAUUAGGCCUUGCAUGUGAGAAUUAAUAGAUAUUUUGUCUAGACUACUUCUGCACUAUUUUGUUUGCAUAUAUGUGCUAGAUCAGAACGUGGUAGUGUAAAAUGGCUGUGUGUACUAUGUAAUCAAAUUGAUAAAUACACUGAAGGUUAACAGCAGGAACUUUUAGAAAAUAUGACAUUUUGAUGGUCUGUCUUAAUGUCUUUAUUUAAAAGCAUUGAAAUUAAUUAUUCUUGCUUGCUGCUCAGCCAGGGAAAGAAAAGAACUCAGACAUGGGGGUCUUAAAACAGGGCGAUUAUGUGUGGGUGGACUCUAGCACAGGUGUGCCGAUCGGUGCUGAGGUCAGAAUCACAGAAGCAGGCAAAAUUCAACUCAUAGAUGAUGAAGGAAAGGAGCACAAAGUCAAACAGUACAGCUCCCUGAAGCACAUACAUGCCUCAUCUAUUAAUGGCGUAGAUGACAUGAUUCGGCUGGGCGACCUCAAUGAAGGAGGCCUGCUCAGGAACCUUCUGAUUCGCCACAGGGAGGGAAUCAUCUAUACAUACACAGGGUCCAUUCUGGUGGCAGUGAACCCGUACCAGCUGCUGCCGAUCUACACUCCAGAGCAGGUGCAGCAGUACACAAACCGGCAUCUGGGGGAACUGCCCCCACAUGUGUUCGCCAUUGCAAACAGCUGCUUCUUUAACAUGCGCCGCAACCACCAAGACCAAUGCUGCAUCAUCAGUGGGGAGUCUGGUGCAGGAAAGACAGAGAGCACCAAACUGAUGCUACAGUUCCUGGCAGCAGUGAGUGGACAGCAAUCGUGGAUAGAGCAACAGAUUGUUGAAGCUAACCCCAUACUGGAAGCCUUCGGUAAUGCAAAGACCAUUCGCAAUGAUAACUCUAGUCGAUUUGGGAAAUACAUCGAUAUCCACUUCAGUAAGGAGGGAGCCAUUGAAGGAGCCCGCAUUGAGCAGUACCUCCUGGAGAAAUCACGUGUCUGUCAACAGGCUCAAGAGGAGAGGAACUACCAUAUAUUUUACUACAUGCUGAUGGGCAUGCAGGCUGAACAGAAGAAAAUGUUGUCUCUGAGUAAUGCUGUUAAGUACAACUAUCUGACCGUGGACAAGUGCACUACCUGUGAGGGGCGAGAUGAUAUAAAGGAAUAUGCCCGCUUCUGCUCAGCCAUGAAGAUUUUGACAUUCACAGAGAACGAGUCCUGGGAAAUUCACAAGCUGCUUGCUGCCAUCCUCCACCUAGGCAACAUGGACUUUGAGGCCAACAUUUCAAAUCAUCUGGAAGGCUGUGAUAUUAUCACCUCUACCCAUUUCAACAUGGCUGCUCAGUUGUUGGAGGUGGAUAUAAAAACUUUAGAUGCAAGUUUGACUCAGAGGUCCUUCAUGACUAACAGAGAGAGUGUAUCUAAACCUCUUUCCACAGACCAAGCAAAUGAUGGCAGGGAUGCCUUUGUAAAGGCCAUCUAUGGAAGAUUGUUCCUGUGGAUUGUGGAGAAAAUCAAUAGUGUCAUCUACAAGCCAUCCUCUGAGGAGUCCAACGAUACCCGUCACUCAAUAGGCUUGCUGGACAUCUUUGGAUUUGAAAACUUCAGGCAAAACAGUUUUGAACAGCUGUGCAUUAACUUUGCCAAUGAGCAACUACAGCAGUUCUUUGUGAAGCAUGUCUUUAAGAUGGAGCAGGAGGAGUACACCAACGAGAACAUUGUGUGGAAACACAUCGACUACAUCGAUAACCAGGGCACCCUCGAUGUGCUGGCCAGCAAACCUCUCAACAUUCUUUCUCUUAUUGAUGAGGAGAGUCACUUUCCUAAGGGCACAGAUACCACCUUGCUGCAAAAGAUACAUAAGUGCCAUGACAAAAGCAAAGUCUUCAUCCCUCCUAAGAACAGUCACGACAAAAAGUUUGGAAUUGAGCAUUUCGCCGGGCCAGUUUAUUAUGACUCAAAAGGUUUUCUGGAAAAGAACAGGGAUGCUCUUAGUUCAGAUCUCAUCAUGUUGGUGGAAACAUCCACUAAUAAGCUCCUUAAACAGAUCUUCCACAGUGAUCUAAAGAGCAAUGCCAACACCAAUAUGAUGAUCACCUUCAAGAACUCUUUGCAUCAAAUGACAGACACUAAGAAGCGAGUGCCCACUUUAUGUGGACAGUUUCGUCAGUCUCUGGACUCCCUGAUAAAAACUCUGACUGCAUGCCAGCCUUACUUCAUUCGCUGCAUCAAACCGAAUGACUUUAAGAAACCCAUGCUGUUUGACAGAGAGUUGUGUCUGCGUCAGCUGCGCUACUCGGGCAUGAUGGAGACCAUUCGCAUCAGAAAAGCUGGUUACCCGAUCCGUCACACCUUCCAGCAAUUUCUGGAUCGCUAUCGUGUCCUACUCAACUCCGUCAUCUGUGACCCAAAAACGGAGAGUGCCAAGGCAUGCAGUGAGAGUAUUUGUAAGAAUGUGCUCAGUGCUGGUGAUGACUGGAAAAUUGGCAAAACCAAAGUGUUUUUGAAGGAUUUCCAUGAUACCAUGUUGGAGCUGAAACGGGACAAGGCCUUGAACGAGAAGGCGCUUGUUAUCCAGAAAGUCCUGAGAGGAUACAAGCACAGGAAACAGUUUCUUAAACAAAGGUCUGCAGCUGUGGUUGUGCAGAAGUAUUGGCGUAGACACACAGACAGAAAAUUCUAUAAAGUGGUAGAGUUGGGAUAUGCUCGUCUUCAGGCCACUGUGCGCUCACGUCAGUUAGCACACCAGUACAAACUGGAGCGUAAGGCCACCUUGCUGCUGCAGGCGCAGAUCCGUGGCUACUUUGCCAGGAAGGAGUGGAAGCGAAAGAGAGCCGCUGUCAUCCUCCUACAGGCUCAUGUCAGAGGCAUGCAUUCCCGGAAAACUGUUCAGAAGAUAAAGAAAGAUGCCAUUUUGUUGCAGGAGUGCAGGGCUGAAGAGCUGGAUGCUCUGGAGAGGCAGAAAAAGCAAGAGGAAGUUCCCCAUCAGAAGAGAGAGAAAGAGGCUGAUGAACAGUCUGAGCCCUUCAAUCAUCAAAAAAAGAAAAGGGACCCGUUCUUUGGCUUCCUGCCAAACCUGGGGGGAUUCAUCCCAAAAAAUAGAGCAGGAGUUGAUGAUGACCUGCACCGCAUCAGUGAGCUCAUCCAGGGUAAUAUGCAGCGCUGUCAGCAAGUGGUGGAUCAAGUGACUGAUUCAGUGGACUCCAUGAUGAAAACAAUGGAUGACACCAUAAUGGAUCAUAAAGACAGAGUCCUCAAGUUAUUCAAAAAGAAUGGCACAGUCAAGAAGGACACCAAGUUAAAGCAUAAAAAACAGACCUAGACAAGAAGGAACAAUCUCACAUCCUUCUCUCUUGUUUUCUCUCUGUUUAUGCACCUGUAAGAUUAAACAGAAAUAUGUUGGUUCAGUGUACGGACCAUGUGAUUUUUAA